AACAAUCGCUCAACAACCAAAUCUUCACUCCCUUCCCACUCCGCAAUGGCGUGUCGCACUCCCCUCACACGAGCCUUCCCUUCCCUCCCCAAAUACUAGCUCCUCGGCCACCAUCCCCCACCUUCCUCAGCUCCGAAGAUGUCGUCCACGCCGCCGCCGUCGGUGUUCGGCAAGUCGGGCAACCUCACGGUCUCCGUCACCCCAUCGCCAGACACGCCGAGCUCGCCUGAGUCGGAGAGCCCGGGGUCCGAGUUCUCCACGCCCCCUACGAGUCCCCGCUCUGAGGACUCGCCUGAAUCGCCGCCGUCCACCCCGUCGGCGCUGGCGCAGAGGGCGCCUCCACCCCCGCUUGAUGGUUCGGUCCCCACGCCGCCGCUGGUCAGGACGGUCCCUCCGCUGCUUCCCACCCCUACGAGUCCCCGGGCCGAGUACUCUCAUGAAUCGCCGCCGUCCACCCCGCCGGCGCCGGCGCCGGCGCCGAGGGCCCCUCCGUCCCCGCCUGUGGAUUCGGUCCCCACGCCGCCGCUGGUCAGGAUGGUCUCUCCGCUGCUUCUCGGCCCUACGGUUCUCCGCGCCGAGUACUCGCAUGAAUCGCCGCCAUCCACCCCACCAGCGCCGGCGCAGAGGAGCCCUCCGCCCCCACCUGUUGAUUCGGUCCCAACGCCGCCGCUGGUCGGGACGGUUUCUCCGCUGCUUCUCGCCCGUACGAGUCGCCGCGCCGAGUACUCGCAUGAAUCGCCGCCGUCCACCCCACCGGCAUCGGCGCAGACAGCCUCUCCACCUCCCCCUGUUGAUUCCGUCCCCACGCCGCUCGUCAGGACGGUCUCUCCACUGCUUCAUGCGGAGGAGCUCUCCCGGACCCUGCCGGUCCAGGUGCCGCCACUGCAGGUUCUGGAGUUCUCCAGCCCCCCGCCACCGGUCCAGGUGCCACCGCCGCAGUUUGAGAAGACGUCGCGCGGGUCGGGCGGAUCGGUGCUCGUGCUGUUCUGGGAUGCGGUUGCGCGCAUGCAAGAAGCGCAUGCAAGCUUAGAUGAGCACAUUUCGAGAUGGUUCGGGCUGGACCAGUCCAAGUACCAGUGGGCGCUCAACGAAUACUACGAGAGCACCGGACAGGAGAAAGAUUCUGGCAAAGCCGGCAAUCCGAAGGAGCACAGUUGUAAAACUCAGGAAGUAUAAUUAAGUAUAAUUUUACUUUGCAGAAAAUUCUCUCUGGAUUUUAUGUGUGUAACUAAGCUGGUGCUGUACGCAUGUAAUGUUCGAUUUGGAAUAUAUUUUGGUGUCGAGAUCUCUUUUGCUGCAUCCUGUAGGAUUCACGUGGAGAACCAUGUUCUUGGUUGUAACAAAUCCUUAGCGCCGUUACUGUAGUUCCGUUGUGCACAAGGCUUCGAACUCGAUACAUUAGCUGCUCUGGUGUAUGAGAUGAAUUUACCAACGAAUUAAACCUUUAACUUU